AUGGGCAGUCCAUCUGAGGAGGAUCCCUUCUUCACCACUCUCUUACAAAGUGGAGGAGAAGGUUGCACUCCAACCUAUGAGCAAUAUUCUAGUGUUAUGAUCCAAACAACUCCUCUUCACGGUGAAAAGAGGCCUCCUCCAAAAAAAGUUCAGAGAGGUGCAUCUUUCACUGUUGAGGAGGAUAACUUACUUGUAUCCGGUUGGCUCAACAUUAGCAUUGAUGCCAUACGGGGUACCGAUCAAAAAUCCACACAAAUGUGGGACAGAAUUUCUGAGUUUUAUCACGAGUAUAAAAAACCAAAUACUGCAAAUCGUUCGAUAGGGUCAUUGAUCAAUCGUUGGUCCAUGAUCCAGAAAUGCACAAACAAGUUUUGUGCAUUUCUAGCGCAAGUAGAAUCAUUGCACCCAAGUGGUGCAACCGAGCACGACAAGAUUGAAAAAGCUAAAAUAAUGUACAAAGAGAUAGAGAAGGGGAAUUUCACAGUGGAGCAUUGUUGGUGUCAAUUGAGACACCAACCCAAAUGGCAGCAACACAUGAACAAUCUGAAUACAAGGAGAAAACCACCCGAUAAACGUCCAGCCAAUGAGCAGUCUUUUGAAGUUCCCGAUGACGUUGUGGAGGAGAAUGUUGAGAGGCCUCCAGGCAAAAAACUUGAGAAAGAUAACUUAAGGAAGCGGAAGGCUCAGGAAGCAUGUGAUGUUGACUUCAACAGUGCGCUAGAAAAAAUGACCGCUGAUAGGCGACUGUUCAUGGGAGAGAGGAGAGCAUGGGUGACGAAGGCUGAUGAAGUGAAGGGUGCACAACUAGAACUUGAUAAGAGGAAGUUCGAGGCGGAGAUCAUGAGUAAGGAUCUUUCUAAUAUGACCGUCAUGCAACAAGCCUAUUUCCUGAAUAUUCAGAAGAAAAUUUAUGAGGACUCUUUAAAUAAUUCCGAAGGUACAUUCGACACAUCUCCAUCCAUACCUCAUGGAGGUGUGUAA